ACAGUCGUUUGCUCUCCCCUACACUAUAAAAAUGAUCAAGUUAAACGGUGUUAGUCUCGAAAACUUUAUGGAGAAGUUUACUCAACUGGAAGAGAAAAUUACAGAAGUUAAUGGCAAAAACAAUAUGUUGGAGAUCAUGCUGGAGGACGCCAACAGACUCAUGAAAUUCUAUCUGACCAAGGAGAAAAGUCUGAUUGAGGAGAGAAACAGUCUUCUCGUCACUGUGGACAGACUACAGCAGACUCUGCAGGAGCAGUGCAGCCUCAGAGAGGAGAAUGAGAGACUGAAGAACGAUAUGGCGGAACUGAAACAACAGAAUGAGAGAACAGUAAAGGAUGGAGAGGCUGAGGUUCAGCGGCUGGUCAGUGAAAUGAGAGUAGCAGGAGAGAGACACAAGAGGGAGCUAGAGACUGUAAGGCAGCAGUGGAGGAGAGAGGUGGAGGAGGCUCACAGGCAGGGGCUUCAUCAGUUGGAAGCUAAAGACACUGAAGUAAAGAAGCUGUUGGAGGAAAAGGAUCUGGAUCUGGAGGAGAUGAAGAAGAGGCUGAAGGAGCAGGAGAGGGAGAGGCAGAGCGAGCUCCUGAAGUUACAGAUGGAGUUUGGUGCAAGGUUAGCCAGAGUUGAGAGUACAGCUCAGAUGAGCCAACAGCAGCAGCAGCAACAACAACAUGGCUCCAGCCUUCUACCGCAGAGUGUCUUCAAGAGGAAGCUGCAGUUCUUCCAGGAGGAGAAGAACAAGGAGAUUGUGGCUCUGCGUCAGAGAAUCAAAGAGCUGGAAGAGAACCAGCGUCCCUGCGGCUUCAGUGACGGCCGUCUGAAGAGAAGAAAGAUCUAGUUUGUUUAGAGGCUAACUAGCCAUUGACCUGUCAGCUCUGCAGGUGCAAAGUCUUGACUCCCUAGGGGGCAGAAGGGACUGAGGUGUUUUGAAAUUUUCCAGAUUUGUAUUUCACUUUCAUUUCAAAGCAAAAUUCAGUUCCUCAGAGCUUUCGACUUAUUUUACAGAUCAUUUAUUUAGCCAUACUGCUUAUUGUGUUUUACUUGGCUAGAUGUGCAGUGUCACUGCCCUGCUUGCAGGUGACCAGUGUGUACAUUUAAACACAGGUUGUAUUCCUGUCUAAGGCUUUAAUCCAAUCACACGCCUGCAUGGGAGCAAGUGUGCGAGGCAGGGACAGAGGGAGGGGGGAGGUGUAGACGUACUAGUCCCAUUCAGGGAAUUAAACCUGUUUACACCUUUUAUUCAAAGACCAAAUAAAUCAUUUAACUCA